AUGCUGCUCGGCCCCAGCUUGUUGAAGGGGAGAGACAGCGAUGGCUUCCCUCAGUACCAGGAGAAGUUCAUUCGGGACUGUAUCAGGAAGUUUCCUUAUUGUGAGGCCACACUGCUUCAGGAGCUGGUGAGGAGCAUAGCACCGAUAGAGAUUGGAAACGACCCCACAGCGUUCUCGGUGUUGAACCAGGCCAUCACUGGUCAGAUGGCGUUUGUAGAUGCUAACUACUGUGCUACGUGUGGGGAGAAGGGAGCAGACAAGAGAUGCUCCCUUUGUAAAGCAGUGACUUACUGUAGCUUAUCGUGCCAAAAGCUCCACUGGUUCGCCCAUAAAAAUAUGUGCAGGUGUCUACAGGAGCAGGAUGCUGACCUGGAGAAGGAUUCUCCAAAGCUCAAAGAACUGAAAGAUGAUGAGAGCGACCUGGUGAUGGAGACAGCCAACUUCCUGCAGGAGCUGUGUCUGCGGGCGGAGGAGCAGGUGGCUGCUGCUGGAGGCUGCCCUGCAGAGCUCCGUGCCUUCCCCCCCCCCUCUGCUGAGGGACCUUCCUUCACCCAAGACUGAGGCAACAGCCCAACAGGGGCCCUGAAGGAGGCCUGCGAAUUUUCACAAAAGUUAUAAAUGGAGAGGCAUGGCUGAACAUAAACCAUCUUAGCAAUAACAUGCUCCAUUGGCAGCUGCAAUAAGUAGAGGUAUUUUCAAAAUGUAUAAUAAGAAAUAUAAUAAAUUCAUGCUAAAUCUGAUCAGGGAAUAUGAGAAGCAUAAAGUAUAAUGUAAUGUUGCUAUUUCAAGCAUUUUCUGGGUGGAACAGUUCAGUACUGUCAGGAGUCCAUUUGGAUUCAUAUUAACCUGACCUCAACAAUUUUAUCAAAAAAUCUUUAAAAUGGUGACUUCUUUCUCCUGUUUUUCGUUCUGUAAUGUUAUGAUAUUAUCAUUUUCUUAGCAAGAAGCCUCAGAACAGAUUAAUGGGCAUGUAGACCAAAAGGUCCGUCAUAUCAAUAAAGACAUCAGAAGAAUAAUGUCCUCCAUUUUUAUCCCAAUGAAGGUGUUGGACAGCUGGCUUUUUCGGUUUUAUGAUAAGGUAGAGUUGUUCAAAUAAAAACUAGAACCUGGUCCUCCUGUUCCCUCCAACCUUUAACAGCAGGGGGAACCGCUCAGUUUGUGUUGGGCCGAGGAGCUUUGAUCCACAUUUCUCUCUCUCUCUCCACUUCCUGUAUCUCUUUACUGUCACUACCUAAUAAUGGCCUAACAUGGCAAUACAUAAGGAACUCUUCAGAACCUAACAUUAUUUGACCAUUAGCUUGCCUUGGUGGUAGAGCAUUCUCUAUACUGGUAAGAAUGAAUGAUGACAGGCUGUUGGUUACCAUGUGAUUGAGUGAGCCCAGGGCAUUAGAGACCAUUGAGAUACUAAUUUGCAUCUUUUGUAAUGUAACUGUGAGGGAAUACAGUUACUUUUUUUAAAUCCUGAUUGCUUAAUCCCAAUCUAAGUAGCCUGUUACUCCCCAAUCCUGUCUGUUGGAUAUGUAAUUAGAAAACAGAAAAAUAUGAAAUAUCGCUGAUAUAAAACCGCUAUGGUCCAUGUCUCUUAGACAGUUUGUUUAUUGGAUUUAAAAUAGCUUUUCUAAAUAACUGGUAACUGUACAUCCGGAUUGUAUUGGUCAGUAACAGUGGUGAAAUGCUGCCCUCUAUUUGAAGCAGGUGGCUUGGUAGUACACAUUGCAGCUUUAAAGGAGAAAACAGAGUGAACAAUCAGAGUGCUAGGUUGUUUUGGAGUAACUCUGAUUGUAAAUGGUCUACAAAGGCUAAAAUCCCUGUGUAUCCUCCAGAGGGAGUUUCUGUCCCAUUCACGCUAUAAAUGUCAUGAUUAAUAUGUGAGUCCUUCUACAUAUAUUAGUAGCAUGUUAGUUACAUUUAGCAUAGGCUAUUUCGGGCACAUUUGGUGAUUUUUGUAUUAUGUAACAUUUUAUCAAACGUAUCACUUUACAUCUACUAUUUCCAGAUAAAUAAUUCAAUGCAUAUUUCUGUUUAUUCCAGCUUUAAUCCUUUGCUGUAUCAUCACAAUCGACAAGUCUACAGUAA